UUAUAAAUGUCUCUCCGUUUUCAUUCUUUCCUUCAGUAUUGGCCCCACUUGCACUUAUACCCUUCUUCCAGCUGUCUAUAUUCUACUUUGCAAUCAAGAGGAAAAAGUGGUUGGACCUGUUGUUGAUUGUGUCUUUUAACAUCCGAGUCUGUCUCAUGUAUAUUCCUUUAAUGGGAUUUAACAAUUUCAUGGUGUACUACUGGCUGUCCAGGUACCUAGAGAGUACCUGGUUUAUUUGGGUGUCGCAGAUGAAUCACAUUCCAAUGGAAAUUGAUUAUGAUAAGAACGAAGACUGGGUAUCUACUCAGCUCCAUGCAACAUGCAAUGUUAACCAAUCUUUGUUCAAUGACUGGUUCACUGGGCACUUGAACUUCCAAAUUGAGCACCACCUUUUCCCCACAAUGCCUCGACACAACUACUGGAAAGCUGCUCCUCUGGUGAAAGCCCUUUGUGAUAAGCAUGGCAUUGAAUAUAAAAGCAAGACCUUACUGACAGCCUUUCUAGACAUUUUGCAUUCACUGAAGAAUUCUGGGGAGCACUGGCUUGAAGCAUAUCUGCAGAGAUAG